GUAACCUGUACCCAGUUCGCGCCUCCCUGUGUCCUGUCCUCUCCACCAUGUGUCCUGUUCUCCCCUCCCUGCGUCCUGUUCUCUCCUCCCUGUGUCCUGUUCUCCCCUCCCUUUGUCCUGUUCUCUCCUCCCUGUGUCCUGUUCUCUCAUCCCUGUGGUAUGUUCUCCCCUCCCUUUGUCCUGUUCUCUCCUCCCUGUGUCCUGUUCUCUCCUCCCUGUGGUAUGUUCUCUCCUCCCUGUGUCCUGUUCUCUCCUCCCUGUGCCCUGUUCUCCCCUCCCUGCGUCCUGUUCUUUCCUCCCUGCGUCCUGUUCUCUCCUCCCUGUGUCCUGUUCUCUCCUCCCUGUGUCCUGUUAUCUCCUCCCUGUGGUCUGUUCUCCCCUCCCUGCGUCGUGUUCUCUCCUCCCUGCAUCCUGUUCUUUCCUCCCUGUGUCCUGUUUCUCUCCUCCCUGUGUCCUGUUCUCUCCUCCCUGUGUCCUGUUAUCUCCUCCCUGUGGUAUGUUCUCUCCUCCCUGUGUCCUGUUAUCUCCUCCCUGUGUCCUGUUCUCCCCUCCCUGCGUCCUGUUCUCUCCUCCCUGCGUCCUGUUCUCUCCUCCCCGUGUCCUGUUCUCACCUCCCUGUGUCCUGUCCUCUCCUCCCUGUGCCUGUCCGCUCCUCCCUCCGCCUCACUCUCGUAACCCCCUUGUUCACCUCUCUCCCGCAGGCCCUCACUCUCUUACCCCUGUUCCCGCCCCUCAUUCCCCCCUGCUCACUCUCUUUCCCCUUCGCUCAACCCCUUUUCCCACUCGCUCGCUGUUCCCCUGUGCAGUUGCCAGUGCUCACACACCCUGAAUUGCAAUUUCAAAGCAGCCAUGCCACUCCUUAA